CCGGUGCCGGGGCGCGGACGGUAAGCGUAUAAGCAGCGCAUAUACGCCUCACGGACAGCUGCCGCUGCGCGGCACGGUGCAAGAGAGGUUCUGGCCAUUUAUGUCGCCUUCAGCAGACGUGCUUCGCUAGGUGCGCACCGGGAACUAAGACGUGCGGGCGAGGGGAAAUAGGAACAUACAUCUGGCUGAGAGGUGCGGCGCCGCGGCAGAGUGCUCCUGUUGGCUGGCCGAACGAGGCCAGCGCGAAAGCAGAGGCCUAGGGCCGAGGGAGAUCGGAACGAAGAUUAGAACGUCAAGUAUCUUUAUGGCAGUUGUAGGUCCCGCCUCCGUCGAAAGACGCAUAUGAACGACGGCAUGCAAACACGCCCGACGGGGCGCGAGCAGCGUCUCUGCGCGAGACGCCAGUAGCUAUCAGCGACGCUUCAAGACGCUGGGAGCAAUACAGCGAAGGCCGGCGAAGAUGGGAAGAAGGUCGGUCGAGACGCUCUGUACGUUGGAGACUGCCGAGUUCUCGAUGCGACCUUGGGCCAAGUGGACGUUGUUGGUACGUAAAGACCGUUGUGCAGGCACCGGGGACUGCGAUGCCCAACCGCAUAUUGUACGGCGAAAGACAGGUCGUUCCUGAGAGGUUAUUGGUCAGGACCAGCGAACGAAUCCGCCCACGCACGAUGCUGGCCGAGAGUCGAUGGAAGGUGGCGUUAGACGUCGCGAUAGCCUCAUCGAAGUUGCGCGCAAAGGACUCCCGAAGGGCGCUGCCCGAUCCGGAUGUGCCCGACCCUGAUGCGCCCCUGAUCUUCGUCCACGCGCCUGCCGCACCGCGCUCUCCGCACCGACUGCCCGCCAGAGGCCCUGCGAUGCCCCUCUCUCCGUCCACCACUCAUCGCUCCAGCCAAUCGCGGGCCCGCGCCUCCACCCGCCUUCUGCGGGGCCACAUGUCCCGCCCCCCGAUCGCCCAGUGCGCCGCAACGCGCCACCUCGGGUCGAAUACCACGUCCACGACUGACACCAACGCCACCCGGCCUCCUUAUGCAAUCUGCGCGGUCCGGCUGAAUAACCGUGAGUCACCGCAAGGUCGCCCUGCUGAGUCGCGACUGAAUGCGGCGGAGGCAACGCUCGCAAAGCACGCGGCGCGUGUGCGCGGUCCGUCAUCGAUCACCUCCGAGGGGCGCCCUGGGUGCCCCCCGCCGCGAGACACGUCGCAACACGAAAAACGCUGUCGCACCGCCGCCGCCGCCGCAGGAACGGGCCGCGGCGCCCCCUGUCCCCCCCUGUGUUGCGUCCGCCGCCGCCGCCACCGCCGCGGCUUCGCGCUCUGCCAGCCCCGCGGGACGGGGCUCAAACAACGCGGGAGUCGGGACACCGCGUCCUCCCGCGAUCGCACACACAAGACGGCUGGGCGAGCAUGUGGCGGUUCGUGUUUGCGGAGCGCAGCGUCCUGUCGCAGCGCGUCAUGCACACCUGCGCGCGGGUGUAAAUCUGGAAAAUCUGAAAUAGCGAUCCCGACUUGUCUUCGUGCUCCGCAUGUGUGUCUCCCCAACGUCGGGUCUCCCCGGAGAGCUACCUCCCCCUCUGAAAAUGCAACGCCCGUGU